AUGGAGCAAACCACGAUGCAAUCCUCUACCUUCAAUCGAGCAGCUCUCAAUGAGUUCGUCACCCAAAGAGUCUCUCGCGAGAUGGUAACGCACCUAGCUCGUCAGGCUGCCCGGGUCAUUCGCUGUGAAGCCCAUGUGACCAACACCGUCAACCAAAAUGGCCAGCCCACGCCUCCCUCGACUCCUCCAAUGGAGGAAUCCGACUCCCUGCCACCGCUUCCUACCAUCGAAUCAUUCAUCGCAUCCCUCGUUGCCCGAUCGCAGGUCCAAGUGCCUACCCUUAUGAGUUCCCUCGUGUACCUCGGUCGUCUUCAAGCCCGUCUGCCUCCUGUCGCCAAGGGCAUGCGAUGCACCGUCCACCGGAUAUUUCUGGCCUCUCUGAUUCUCGCAGCUAAGAACCUUAACGACUCCAGCCCCAAGAAUAAGCACUGGGCACGUUACACUGCAGUGAAGGGGUAUGAAGGAUUUGGCUUUUCUCUGCCCGAGGUCAACUUGAUGGAACGUCAGCUGCUCUUCCUCUUGGACUGGGAAACCCGCGUGACUGAGGAGGAUCUUUUCAUCCACCUUGAGCCAUUCCUUGCUCCCAUUCGUCAGCGCAUGCAACUCCAACACCGCGAGAAACUGGCACAGGAAGAACAACAGCGAAAGCAGCAACAACACCGUGAAUGGCGACGUCUGCAUGCAUCGGCGGACCUGCUGGCCAGCCGCCUGCGUCGUCAGAAGGUUGAAGCUAGAGGUGAUAAUCGUCGUGCUGUCGAUACAUCUCUGCGUCGACUUCCUAGCCAUGUUUCAUGUCCCAACAUCCAGAACCAAAACAACUCACCCCAGUUCGUUUCUGAGCAUGAUCGCUACACUCCUUACAACCGUCACCGCACUUCACCCCACCGACCUGGGCGGUCCAUCUCACCUCCCUCUAUCCGUGAUGUCCCUGGUCUGUCUCAUGCCGAGACUUUUAACUCCCUAUGCUCUCGAUCAUCCAGUGUCGCUCCCAGCUCCCGCGGAACCCCAGCUAGCAUGAGUACAUGCUCUUCUCACGGGAACGACGAUGUCAUGGUCAGCGACUCGAACACAAGCCCCUCCACCUCUUUGACCCAAGGCUAUGUCAACGUUGGCUUUGAAUCCAAGCAGCAGUUCGAGCCCAUCCGCCAACCCAGCAAGAAGAUCAAAAUUGGUGGCCACCACCAUGGUAGCGGCUUCGUCGCCAGAUUUAUUGCUUCCACUGGAUCCUACAUGGGAGGCCGCAUCGGUCGCCCACACUCCUAA